AUGGACACGCCCGAACCAGUAUCAUCAUCCUAUGAGUUCUCUGGUCAUAUGGGGAACUAUUCCCACCGUCGCAUGGACUCACCCAUGUUCCCUUACUAUGUCCAUCAUCCCACAUCAGCACCAUACUCACUGCCAUACCAUACUCCAACCUCGAGUCCGUACAACUUUACCUCUCUCAGUCAGCCUGCGCACCCAUAUGGUCAUUACUUCGGGGCCACUCAGCCUCCUCUUGCGUCCCCGAUUCGCCCUACGGAGCAACCAGUGCACUCGCUACCGGAGAUACGCCCGGCAAAGAAUGCCAUCAACCAGGGGGCCAAGGGAACGGAUCCCCGAGUCGUGGCCAUGAAGAAGAGUAGCUCUAACUUUGAGUUCUCCACCGAAGUCGAUGUCUUGAUGAAAGCCAUCCAGGCUAGCCCGGAGUCGGGCUCUCCUGAGCAGCAUAUCCAGCAGGCUCAGGCGCAACAGACUCCACAGAUCUCACACCAGUCACUGCCACCGCUACAGCAGCUGGCAGCAUCAGGCUACCCGACCUACCCGAUGACACCACCGCGCUGUAUCCUGAAUAAUGAAGGCCAGGUAUCACGGUCUGCCAAGAAGCGCAAGUAUACUUGCACAUUGCCGAAUUGUGGCAAGAGUUUCGCACAGAAGACACACCUGGACAUUCAUACCCGAGCCCAUACAGGUGACAAGCCCUUUGUCUGCAAGGAGCCUUCAUGCGGACAGCGAUUCUCGCAGCUGGGUAAUCUCAAGACCCAUGAACGACGCCAUACCGGCGAGAAACCGUACUCUUGUGAUAUCUGCCAUAAAAGAUUCGCCCAGCGAGGCAAUGUAGGGGCCCACAAGACCACUCAUCUCCAGAAUAAGCCAUUCACCUGUUUACUGGAUGAAUGUGGCAAGAAGUUCACCCAGCUUGGGAACCUGAAGUCCCAUCAGAACAAGUUCCACGCAUCUACCAUCCGCUCGUUAACCAUGCGAUUCUCCCAAAUCCGCGACCAAGGCUCUGUCAACCCGCAAGACCGUGAACUAUGGGAAUACUUCGCAUCACUAUACAAGAACAGCAACAAAGGCAUCAAGGGUCGAGGCAAGGACCGGCGGAUCCUGACUACGAAGCGAUCUACCGGAGAUUCCAUGCGCAUGCUAUCCAUGGAAUCAGAGGAGGAUCCACAGAUCCGCCGAGGCAGCUAUGAAGAUAGUCUGUCCAUGUACACGGGCGGAUCCAGCAGUGAUGGAGAUGAACCUCCAUACUUGAUGGAUCGG